UUCGCUGCAUCUCAGCGACGGCGCAAUCCUCCGGCACAUCGCCGGGGCAGCGCAGGAGGCCAGGCGUCAGCACAAUUGUGCACGAGCUCUGGCACUGUGGCACGCAUGGGCGGCGAAGAGCCGGUUGACUACAGUCCUCCACGGCUGGUGGCUGCGGCGGCGCGCCGCGCAGGCUGUGGCCCUCUGGCGCUCAGUCGCGGUCGACGCCCAGGAUGCUUCUGCGGCGCAGGCCGCCCUUCGAGGCCGCUUGCGGCGCCGUCGUCUCCGUGCCGCGCUGAGGCUGUGGGCCCAGGCGGCCGCCGACUUCAACGUCGCCUCUACGCUGCCUCUGCGGGCGCGCUGCUUCGACCACACCAGGCUGGUAGGCGCCACCCUUCGUGCUUGGGUUGCCUGGGCGGCGUCCAAGAAAGCGAAGCACGCCGAGCUCCUGCGCACGCGCCGAGGCCUCCUGCGAAGGACGUCGAAGUUGGCAAGGGCGAUGGAGUUCUGGCGCAGGUGCGCCUGCGCGAGAGAAAGAAGGCGCGGCCUAGUAGCGCGCGCGGCGGCGCAGCACCAACAGCAGCUGCAGUGCCGGGGCUUGGCAGCUUGGCUCCUGUUCGCCUCGCGGCGGCGACGUGCCAAAGCCCGGCAACGGGAGGCGCGAGGUUGCUUCAACCAGGCCGCCCGCGGAGAGGCGCUCGCCUUGCUCGCCGCAGCCUUCGACACCAGGCAGCGACAACGCCACGCGGCCGCCCUGGCUGCAUCGCC